AUGGACAGCACUCCCACCGAAGCCCUGCCUUCCUCACGCCCCGAUCAGAAUAUUCAGGCCGCUGUCCAACCCGCUGCAUCUGCACACAUGUGCACCGCCAUCGCUGAUGCCCUCAAUCACGACGUCAGGUCUCAACAAACCCGCCCGUCAGACGAGGCUCACCGCGUGCGUUCCUCAGGCUACUCUGCCACUGUCGUUCGCCCGGCCGUGUUGCAGUCUGAAGAGCAAAAGUCUCACUACUUUAAACACGCUUCCGUCCUACAGCCCUUUCUGUUCACACCAACCACCAUAAACCCAGGCCAAGAUCUCCCCACCAACAAAUCAUCCGUGCGAAAGCCUUUGGCUCCCCGAUUCAACAUGUCCGAGGACGAACUUAGGAACCCCUUUAUGAAGGCAUCUCAAUCCUUCGCCAUUCACAAGUGGAGGACCCAAGUCUCUCUAAGCAACGUUGGCAACCAGGAGAAUGAACCCCCUCGUGACAACUAG